CCUCUUCGCAGGCCCCUUGUCUCCGACUCUGACCCACUCCCCAUCGACAACGACACAAGCAGAGCCGCGAAGCUAAGAUGGCUUUGAGAGGCGUCUGGCAGCUUCAAAAGCUGAUUGUAAGCUAUUGCGACUGGGGAGGGAGUAGCAGGGGCAUCAGGGCAUUUAUGGAGUCUCAUCUGCCAGCAUUUAAGGAGGUUAACCCUCAGUUAGAAGUUGCUACUGAACUCAUUCGUGGCCAGCAUCCACAUCUGAAGGGCUUUUAUAAGAACAAGAACCAGAGGGUGAUCUGCGUGAAGAAUAUGAGCCCUGAGGACAUCCUCCUACAUGCAACCAGGCUGAGGAAUGCACUAGGAAGAAAAGUUGUGAAGCUGAAGACAAGACAUGUAACAAAGCACCCCAGCGUGCAGGGUACCUGGACAACUGCUCUCAAGUUUUGAGCUGCGAAAUAACUGGUAAAAGGUUUCUGAUUUGGAGUAUUGCGGCAUAAGUUAUAAUCGUGGGAAUGGUGAUCUCAUGCGUGGUCCUUUUAAAUUGCAAGCUGUAGUCAUGGUUUAGAGGCUACAAAUUUCAUUGAAUAGGAACGCUGCUUUCACUUU